GGAAGUAGGCGGAGGGGGAGUUUGUUUCCUCGUUUCCUUACUCUAGAACACCGGUCGGGUCGAACGUCCAGCUCUCAAACACGAAAAAUGAGGUUAUAUUAAGUUACCGUCGUGCUUGUGGGGGAGAUAAAUGACACCCUGACGGCACGGCACCAAGAUGCAGGAGGUCGGCGAGACUGGAGGGGACUGGAGCCUGAGCCCCGCCUGGCAGCGGAUGAGCUCGCUGCUCACCCAGCUCGACAGCCACGUCCUGGAGCGCAAGCUCAGGCUGUGCCAGGCAGCGCUGAGGCCGGGGCCGGUGCUGGCCGACUGCGAGGAGCAAGUGAAACUGGACCUGAGGCACUUCGAGGUGGACGGCUCCGUGACCUUCAACCUCAGCUGUCUGCACUGCUCGGGGCGCGGCCGCGACUGGGACCGGGAAGACGACGACGACGACGACACCUGCGUCGACUGUCAGGGCAGCGGCCGACACGCCCCCGUCGUCCUCGACCUGGCCCCCUACCACCCAGCGCUGGACGAGGCGCAGCUCAUCGCCAGGUUCCUGGCCAUGGUCGUGUUUAGGGGCGGCCAGGGCGUGCUCGAGGGUGCGGGCGACGGCACGGCGGCGCUGCCCGAGAAGGCGUCGAGCGAGGCUGCCGUGCCGGAGCUUGUGUGGGCGCUCGACGGGGAGGUGCUGGACGAGGAGGACGAGGAUGACGAGCUGCGGGAGCUGGAGCUGGUGCAGCUGCAGGUGUGGGAGGAGGGGCUGCAAGAGCAGGAGCAGUGGGCGGAGGAGCCGGUAGAGCUGCAGGUGCGAGAGGCGGAUCUGGACCAGCCACGGGUGCAUGAGGAAGUGGGGGAGGAGGACGAGGAGGAGGACGAGCGGCGGAGGGAGGAGCUACGGGAGCAGCUGCAGGUGUGGGAGGAACUGAGACUGCAGUUGUUUGGGCCAAAGACAGCAUUUUAUAGCUAUAAUUAA